GUGAAUCGCCACGUCGGUUGUUAGUUGGCACCAAGCUUAAUUUCCUCCUCGUCUUCAUCGUUCACCAUGACCUCCCGCAUAAACAUUGGUCGUCCAGCUUCAACAAGCUAUCAUAGCCCAGAUCCCCAUGGAUUCGCAAACUCACAACCUUCUACAGGUUACAGAGCAGCUAACCCAGACCAUCCUCUCGAAAGGAUUCGAGCAGUUGCUAAACAAGUCGAAGACGCUAUCGAGAUAUAUUCUCAGCCCUUGAAACCUCAUUUACCUACUAUCGGCCGGUUCUUGAUUAUCGUCACGUUCUAUGAGGAUGCUCUGAGGAUUAUGACACAGUGGAAUGAUCAGCUUUGGUACCUCCAAACACAUAGGUAUUUCUACCCGGGAAUCUCCCACCUCUUUCUACUGCUCAAUGUCAUCACAAUGCUUGUCGCUUCCUCAGCCGUCAUCAUGAAAAGGUACACAGAAUAUGCGGUCAUCGGUCUCCUCGGCGUAGUUGUCAUUCAAGGCUUCGGAUAUGGCCUGAUGUUCGACCUCACUUUCUUCCUUCGUAACUUGAGCGUCAUAGGCGGUCUCAUCAUGGUGUUUAGCGAAACCAUGAUCAACAAAAAGAAAAGCUUUGCCGGUAUCCCGUCUAUGAGUGAAACAGACCGCAAGAAAUACUUCCUCCUAGCAGGUCGCGUCCUUCUCAUCUUCCUCUUCUUUGGCUUCAUUAUCCAAGGAAAAUGGAGCAUAGGCCGCGUAUUCAUGUCCCUCUUCGGUCUUGCAGCAUGCACUAUGGUAGCUAUCGGCUUCAAAGCAAAAUGGUCUGCGACCUUCCUUGUCAUCCUACUCAGUGUCUUCAACGUCUUUGCGAACAACUGGUGGAGCGUUCAUAGUGCGCAUCCUCAGCGUGAUUUUCUUAAGUACGAUUUCUUCCAGACGCUCUCUAUCGUCGGAGGUCUCAUCCUUCUCGUGAAUAUUGGACCCGGUGGUCUCUCGGUAGACGAGAAGAAAAAGACAUACUAGAGCAAAGACUCUUUGUUUUCUUUAUUGGCACCAUAACAACAGUAUUACCGUUAUCCCGCAGAAGAUGCCUAGGAUCGCUUGAAUGCCUGUCGUGUCGGACGCCUCGGUACUCAUACAUAGUACAUAUAUCCCAUAUCGCAUUGUCAAUAACUAUGGCAUAGUCGAUUUGUCAUCACCGCAUAGAGAUACCAGUCCUCAUCAAAGUUUUUUUGCACAUAUAGAUG